CGACACACCGGUUGGUAUUUUACGUUUUUUGGGGGGCAUCGCGGACCGUCACCAGCGCGGCUGCGGCACCUUCCACCUGGUUAUUAGCUCGCAUCGGAGCGCGAGGACCCCGGACGAACGUUGAUGAUGCUAGUUAUCCGUCUAAGCUAGCUCUCCAUUCGCUCGGCUCUAUUGUGAUGAUUUAGCUUAAUAACCUUGGAGCUGGAGCGGCUGUUUCUGUCCGACGGUUCGCAGUAAACUAAACGAUGGAGUCAAAUAAUCAUUUCAACUAUGACACCCACUCCUCGGAAAACUCAGGACUGAAACUCUCCUCAGGGGAUUCUCUUUAUACUAAUGGGUCCUCCAUGAGUUUUCCUCAGCAGGGGAAGAAUAUGAAUGGCGAAAUGAAUGUGAAUGGCGUCACUACUGAACUCGGGUCCGGGGUGCCUGGUUCCAACCCACCAACGGCUCCGUACCCACACAUGAGCAACCACCACCAGAGCAGCAUGGGCUACGACUACCUGUGGGGAGGUCACCCGCAGUACAGUCCAGCCAUGGGCAACUCUCCUGGGCACGGGAUGCACCAGAAGCAGCCUACACCUGGGAUGGUGCAGCCUCAGUCACAGCACCACUUCCAGGGUCAUGGACAGUACCAGCUGAAUGGGGGUGUUGAAAGCUCCCACCAGCCCCCUGUGGCUGGCCCACCAAACAUGCCUCUGACUGGGAGUCAGUACUGGAACAGUAGUAACCCUGGCCCACAGCAGAUAAGUUAUAACUCCCACAGCAUGUAUGGGACGUACCCGAGUCAGGCACAUCCUGGAAUAGCACCGUCACAACAUCACCAGCAGCAGUCCUUACAACCCGCCUCGCAUCAGCCGUCACAGCAACACCUCCACCCCCACCGCCUCCCACACCACCACCAGCAGCACCAGCAACCGCAGCAUUACGGCCUGAUGCCGAAUGGGAUGCCCUACUACCAGCAUCAACCCCAGCAGCCGUCCCUUCCAUCUCCUCAGCAACAGCCAUCGCAGCAGUCUCAGCCCCAAGGCCAGGCUCAGAUGAUGUCACCAGCUGCCCAGAAUUUUUCUCCUUCCCACGGCAGCCCGCAGCACCACAGCCUGGGCGGAGGGGGCACUGGCAGCCCGCUCCACGUGGGAAUAUCCUCGACACCAAUGAUGUCUCCGUCGCAGGAUAGUGGAUCGCCCAAGGGUCACAGCAGGGAACGGAGCCCCCAUGAGAGCAACGUGGCAAUAUCUACCGUCAUGCAAGGGCACACGAGAGAAGACGUCGAGGACGAGGAUACCAGCUAUAAUGGCAUGGAAAGGGCACCUGCUUCCCACAGGCUCCCCAAAAGUGCAGCUCACGUGGGACCCGAUUACCAUCAGCAUUCUGAACAGCCGGUGGCUCUGCGACCAGAAAUGGCUUCCCCUGUCAGAGAGACGGCCGUUCAUACGCCUAACCUUUCAGUGUCAUCGCUGCUCUCUGCAUCCACCGAGGCCUCGACGCCUCCUCGGGUCUCCGAGUUUCCCACGUCUGCCCCCGGGACUCCUCUGCUAUCACCCACUGAUGUAGAAUCUACUCCACCUCAAAUCUCAACGUCCCCCAAUGUGUCCGCUACGCCGUCUCCAGCUGCUCCUCCCAGACUUUCCUCGUCCCCUCUAAUGAAGCAAGGCCUCGGGCCUCCCACAUCCCCCGCUGGAUCCCAGCAUCUGUCAGUGGGGUCCUCUUCCUCCUCCCUGCCUGCGUCGCCUCAAACGUUGUCUACACCUCAUGCUUCAGCUGAUAGUAUGUCUCCACCUGCAGUUUGGUCAGUCUCUCCUCAGUCAUUGGACUCUUUGACUCAUCAAAUCAAGUCUUCAUCGCCUCCUUCGGCUUCGAGACCUCCAUCAAAUGUCACAACUGCACCCAUCUCAUCUCUUCAGCAGAUGGUUCUCGGUUCCACGCCGCCUCUGAUGGCCUCUUGCUUUCCUGAUAUGCCUGGAGCUCAGCAUCAAAGGCCUGGACCCCCAAAGUUAUUGUCUGCGGCCUCAGCAAUGGGUGCAAAAUCCUCAUCUGCUGGUGUGGCUCCACCUCUAAUGUCAGCAUCAGGAUCUUCAACCUCAACACCACCCAGCUCUUGUACCUCUUUAUCCGUCUCAAAAAGGCCUUCAGUUGGCAGUAAACCAGGUGACCAAGCGCCCACACCCAAGCAGCAGACAUGCACUCCUCCAGCGGCUGACUCUGGUCUUUCCACAGCAGCAUCAUCACCAUCAUCAUCACCACCAGCAGCAGCGGUGAAUUUACCCUCCCUAGCAGCCCAUGAAAGUCUUACAGUCCGACCUCCGUCUACCCUACCUCUUCUAACCGCUCAAGCCUCCAGGACUGCACCCGUGUCCGCCCCUCCUGCUUUGGUGUCUCUGACUUCUGCAAUGGGUACGUCUUCUGGAGCGGUCCAACGUUCUGACUCUGAGCAGCGUCCUCCUCACGCCGCUCCUCAUGCGCCGAAGCCGUCGUCUUCCAAGUCGGAGCUUCGCGGUCAGAGCGAGGAGGGCAACGCGUCGGCCGACGAACACAAUGGAAAAGCGGAAGACCGCCACCCUCGUCCUUACCGUCCUCAAACCAAACCAUCGCCGAAGGCGGAAGCUACUGAGACGGACGAAUCUGAAACGCGAUCACCCAAGUUCCUCGCUGAUCUUCCUGGGAAACCCACGCAGACCACGGUCGCUCCCAGUAACACACCAACAACCUCUGAAAAGCACCACCUGCAAAGCGGUAUCUGUGAGGCGGAGGACUCCAUGGCGGAGCAGAGCCCGCUCGGACAGUCUUCACCUCUCCACAGCACGAGACGAGAACAUCUGACCGAUGACGAAGGAGAAGAAGAAAGUUUUAACUCUUCGCACACAGCUUCUCACUUUGACGGCAACUCGACAUUUGACUGCCCCUCUAGAAUUGACGCGAGCUCCGCCUUUGAGAAGACCUCUCUCCUAGACAGCGAUGGCUCGUGCGACGACGACUCCUCUCCCUUCGACAGCAGCUUCCUCCUGAGAAAGGACGACUCUCAGUUUGACGGCACGUCCCACGCAGAAGAGGAACCGUCUACUGGGUUUGACACCACUGGCGUUAGCGGCUACUCUGCGGAAGACUCCCUGGGUGACACGCUGGACUCCACCCGGGCCGGGGAGACGUCUGAGGCAGAAGAGACCGAGGACGGCCGUCAAGUCGCAGGAGAUUCCACGCUGGAGUCUCUCUCUCGGACAGAAGAGCCUUCUGACAACUCGAGACCGGAAGCAGAGUGGAGUCCCAGAGGAUGUGAUGCAUCAGACUCGGCUGGAGGCAUUGGCAUCAAGACCACUGCGAGUGAGACGACGACUCCCCCGAGUUUUACGAUGAGAGAUGAGAACUUCAUCGCCUUCAGUACCCCAGCGGAGAACCCUGCUGUGCACCCACUCCAACCAGUAACCGAUCCUAUUGUGUCGGCUGUCGGAGGACGUCAGAAAACGCCAAGGAAACCACGCAAACCUCGAACUCCAAAAGCAAUAUGGACCCCCGCUCCUGUGGAAGCCAAGCGGAAGCCUCGCGCCCGAACCCCUAAAGUGGAGAAGAUGAAGGCGCCUGAUGACGAGGGAGGCACGAAAGUGGAGGUAGCCAAGGGCAGAAGGAGGAAGAAGCCUGUCAAGGUGGAUGUUAAAGAAACAUCAGGUGGAUGCGGAGAGGCCGGGCCUCCCGCAGCCCAGGUCGAUACCGUCACAGACACAAUUGAAGCCGUUCUGGCCGACGCUUUAGCUUUUGCCGCGGCAGUCGAGAAACCCAAGAAGUCCAAAAGGGCCAAGAAACGAGACCAGCAGGGAAAUGUGGCAAAAACACCCAAACAAGAUGCCGAAACGGUCGCCGAUGAGGUUGAAGAAAAUGAUGACGACAGCUCCACUGCAGGUGAAUCUAACAGACAGAGGAGGGUUGCAACCGAGGAGCAGGUUCAGUUCCCGAUGAAACAUGGCUGGAGGAGGGAGAUUCGUGUCAAGAAAAUGGAGAAUCGCAUGAAGGGAGAAACCUGGUACUACACGCCCUGUGGAAGGAGGAUGAAGCAGUUCCCGGAAAUAAUCAAGUACUUGAAGAAGCACAUGGACAGUGUGGUCAGCAGAGAACACUUCAGCUUCAGCCCUCGCAUGCCUGUUGGAGACUUUUAUGAAGAAAGAGAAACUCCUGAGGGUAAGCAGUGGAUCCAACUGGCCAAUGAGGAGGUUCCCUCGAUGAUCAUGGCGAUCACUGGCCGCCGAGGCCGACCUCCAAACCCCGAUAAAGAGAAACCUCGCAGGGUCCGUGGCCUGAAGGGAGUGCAGGCCCGCCGGCCCGGUAGACCUCCCAAACCCAAGAUGAUUGACCUCCUCAGCAAAGUGGACGCCAAGCUUCUGAAGCGACUCGAGGCCAAGGAAGCUCUCACGGAGGAGGAAAAGGAGAAACUUGCGAAGAUCAAAAAGAAAAUGAAGAAAAAGGCAAGAAUGAAGAGACGGGAGGAUACAAAGAUUAAGAAGAUGAAAGCGGAGAAAAAGAAAUCCAAGCUUGAGCAAGACACCAAGGACCUGGACCCGAAGGCGGAACUCGCCGACACCACAGCCCCCGAGGCACCGCAGCCGGCACCAGGGCCCGCCGCGGUGCCCAAGAAGCCUGGCCGCAGGAGGUCGGUCAAGGUCGAGGCUCCUCCCCCGGUACAGCAGACCGACGAGGAGAGGAUAGCUCAGGGCAAGAGGGUGCUGGGUGCUCGGAGCAAAGCCAAGGCUCUGGCGAAAGCCCAGGCGGAGGCAGAGGCGGCGGCUCAGGUGGCUCUGACGGCUAAGAGGGCGGCCGAGAGGAGAGCGCAGACCCAGAGACGCCUGGAGGAGCGCAAGAGGCAUCAGUUGAUCGCAGAGGAACUGAAGAAGCCCAUCGAGGACAUGUGUCUCACCGACCACAAACUCCUGCCAGAGCUCUCCCGUAUCCCUGGCGUGGUCCUUUCUGGCAAAGCUUUUGCACACUGCCUGGCUGUGGUCGAGUUCCUACACGGCUACGGAAAGAUCAUCGGUCUCAAUAUACCCAAGGACGUCCCCAGCCUCGCCAACCUGCAGGAGGGGCUCUUAGGCCUGGGCGACUGCCAAGUAGAGGUCCAGGACCUUCUGAUAAAGCUGGUGGAGGCUGCACUCCAUGAUCCAGGCCUGCCAUCAUUUUAUCAGUCGGUGAAGAUCCUCGGGGACAAGUUGGUUGAGUCGGAGCUGACUCGCAGCACGGUCUCGGAGGUGCUUCGCGUCUUUUUGGACUCUCACGGUUAUGAGACGGAAGUGUGCGACACGCUGAGGACCAAAUCCUUCCACGCUCUGCCUCCGGACACCAAGGCGGCCAUCCUGGGCUUCCUGGUGGACGAGCUCAACAGCAGCAACGUUGUGACGAGUGACAUUGACAACACAUUAGAAAACAUGGCGACAUACAGGAAGAACAAGUGGAUCAUUGAGGGGAAGUUGCGCAAACUGAAGGCGGCACUAGCGCGCCGCACGGGAUGCUCGGAGGAAGAGCUGUGUGUUGAAGAGAGGAGGCGCAGUGCCAGAGUGGCAGAGGAGGAGAGCCUCAGUCUGGAGGACGGUGGCCUGGUCUCUGAGAAAGGCACCCGCCGCAUACGCAAAGAAGAGCCCAAACUCAGUGAUAGCGAGAGCCCGGCCAAUGCCAGCAUUCCAGAGCUCGAAAGGCAGAUCGAUAAGCUCGCCAAGCGCCAAGCGUUCUUCCGCAAAAAGCUGCUCCAGUCAUCUCAUUCCUUGCGGGCCGUGCUGCUGGGCCAGGACCGCUACCAGCGCCGAUACUUUGCCCUUCCUCACCUCGGAGGAGUUCUGGUCGAGGGGCCCGAGGAGCUUUUGACUUCCGGAGAAGUCCUUUUAGCCGAGGUUCCCGUCGUCUUCCUCAAAAAGGAGCCCAAAGUGGAGGAGAUCCUCACGCCCACCACUCCUUCCCUACCAUCCUCUCCUUCCUCCGCACAGCCCCAGGCCUUUUCCCCAGACGAGGACAACCUCCCCGGCACCGCGUCCCUCAUGAGCAGGCCGAGAGGGCGAGGCCGCCCGCGGAAAAUCAAACCGGAAGUGGAGCUCCACCUCCGCACGGCGAAGAUCCGCCGGCGGCGGCGGAGCGGCGCCAGGUCGGCGGGCGAAGAGGGGCCCGGAUCACCGAACGCCGGCACGCACAACCUCACGCAGGUGGCUUUCCAGAGCUGGCUGAGCCAACCGCAGGACGCCGUGACCGACGGCACGUGCGCGGCCGCGGCGGACGCUCCAGAGGGUCAUCGGCCCGAGGAGAGCGUGAAGGAGAUGGCGGAGAAACGGGGAAAGUGGUUCAACCUGAUCCCAAAGCAACCGUGCGACGCUAACUCCCUGACCGAGUGUCCGGCUCCCAGCUCGCCCCCUAAACUCCUCCCCAGUGUUCUGCCCGCGCUCGCCGCUCCACUCCUACAGCCGGACCCGCUCUUGCCGAGCCUGACCCCUGCUGACCUCUUAACCCCAGCCACGCCACAGGACAUGCUCUCCACGCUACCUGCUUCCGCCGCUCCUGCUCGUGACCCGGCGCCACCUCCCCCCGAGCCUCUCCCAGCGCCCGCUCCUCCGACCAUCCCCGCCAGGCCGGUGCGCCGGCGGAGGAGAGGGAGCCGAGGCAGCAGUCCCGCUCGCAGAGGGCCGAGAGGAGCCGCUGCCAAGCGCCAGGGCCGCCCCCCCAACUCCGUGUUCCAGGAGCUCGAGCAGCAGUACUUCACACAGCUGGUGGUCAAGCCGAUACCAACGUCAAUGGUGCGCGGCUGGUGGUGGAUCCAGGAUCCAGAGGAGCUGCAGAGCACCUUACAGGCCCUCCAUCCAAGGGGCAUCAGGGAGAAGGUGCUCCAUAAGCAUUUGUCCAAACACAUGGAGAGUUUAGCUGAGAUAUGCACCAAGCCUAUCAACGACCCUAUAUUUGAGUCUAAGAUGGAACAGAAGGAUGUGCUGCGGGAGGUUCUGCAGCGGCCCUGGCAAGUGCAGGAGAAGGCGAUGGAGACCGACAUCAACGCCCUGCUGUGGGUGGAGGACCUGGAGCAGCGGGUCAUUGCAGCCGACCUCCAUCUGAAGGCGGCACCUCAGGGUGCAGUGACUGAGGCUGACCCCGUCACGGAGACGCCAAUGGCAGAAUUCCAGCCCUACACGAUCCCAGAUCCAGACUCCACACGCGACGACCUCCAAUACUACGAACACGAGGCCGACCCGCGCGACGACUGGCUCGUGCGGACCAAGAAGGAGUGGUCCAACCUGCCCCGCAUGGCCACGCACCCGGUGGACCUGGCGGUGCUGCGGUUGAGCAACCUCGAGCGCAACAUCGAGAGACGCUACCUGAAGGAGCCGCUCUGGAACCCCGCCGAGGUGAUGCGCCUCGCCCCUCUCACGCCGACCCCGGGAGAAGAGCAUCCCAUGGACGUCUUCAGUCUGGAAAGCGAGAUCACAUCUCGACUACGAACGUGGCGCCAGGCUCUGGAUCGCUGCCGCAGCGCUCCCCAGGUCUGUCUGUGUAUACUUCAGCUGGAGAAGGCCAUCGCUUGGGAGAGAUCUGUGACUAAAGUGAAUUGCCAGGUUUGCAGGAAGGGAGACAACGAUGAUUGCCUCCUGCUGUGUGACGGCUGUGAUCGUGGCUGCCACAUGUACUGCCUGAAGCCCAAAAUCACCCAGGUGCCAGAGGGAGACUGGUUUUGUCCUGCCUGCAUUGCCAAGGACGACUGUGAUCUGCCGCACUCGUCCAAAAAGAGGACCAGGGUGAAGAAGAGAAGAUACGAAGACGACAGCUCCGAAGAAGAGCCGUCGACGCGGAGAAGCAGCGGCGCCUGCGGCAUGGCGACGCGCUACAAGGAGACCCCGACGCCGCCCUUCGCCUCCCGUCACUCCGGAGAAGGAAGCGCCGCUAAACGGCGCCGCAUGACGACCCGCAACCAGCCCGACCUCACCUUCUGCGAGAUCAUCCUAAUGGAGAUGGAGUCUCACGCAGACGCCUGGCCGUUCCUCGAGCCCGUCAACCCCCGACUGGUGUCCGGCUACCGCCGCAUCGUCAAAACCCCCAUGGACUUCCUCACCAUGAGGGAGAGGCUGCUGCAGGGAGGGUACUGCAGCUGUGAGGAGUUUGCGGCGGACGCUCAUCUCGUCUUCAACAACUGCGAGCUGUUCAACGAGGACUCGUCGGAGGUGGGGACGGCUGGCCACGCCAUGAGGCGUUUCUUUGAAAGCCACUGGGCGGAGUUCUACUCGAAUAGGGACAAAUAGAAGCGUACCCCCCCCCCCCCCCCCAGAGGGUGGGGCUGUGCACCGUCCCAGGCACACUCUCUAUCAUGUGUAUGCUCUCAUGUAUAGGUAUAUAUGUGUAUAGAUUUUGGCUAUUUGUCUGUUAUUGUUUCUUCUACCGGCCGAAUCCUUUUUCCAGGCCCACAGAUGAACUGGCUUGAACUUGUAACCAUUCCUCAUCACAGAGAGUGAGAAUGCGUCUCUCUCUCUCUCUACUUUUCAUUCCUCCUUUUCGUGUCUCCUCAUCUUCACCUCAACACCUCCAUCUCUCGUUUGCAUUCUCCCGUCACGUCUCUCCCCCCCGUGGCCUAGCGCGCGGCCUUCGGUCAAACUCUGCUUGUCGAGGCGACGACACGGUCUCAGGCCCCGCCCACCCCCCCGCCCCCACCCCGAGUAUCUCGGUUCUCGGACUCGUACUGAAGGUCAGAGACCGAUCGCACUAUCGCGGCCUAGCUGCCGCACACUGGACCUGCUCGGCUCCGCUCGGCGGCAAAACGGAUCAAAACUCUUCACUGAGCUCGGGGCCAUUUCUUACCUGUUCAAUGGAAAUGUAAUGUAACGUGGUCUUAUGCCUAGAAGUAAUUUUUUUGCUCCAAUAUAUUUUUAUUAUAUAUUCUAUAUAUAAAUAUAUAUACAGAUUACAAUAGCUGGGAUUAUUUAAUAGCAAUAGCUUGUAGUGAAUGUGUACAGAUCACCGUAUAGAGAUGUCUAGACGAUUUCUUAAAGGCCAGUUAAACUAAAAAGAAUCUGUUCUUGGACUGUCACGAGUAGAUGUUGUAUAACCUCCACUUAAGCUCUUGCACGCCACACACACACACACUUCCCACACAUAGACAUGCACACAAUUUGACACACAUGGACACAUACCCACCUUCUGCUGCUGUGUGAAAGACACUGGUUUCUGGGACUGGAGGAUUUAUUUGGUGUUGGGUCAGUGGGUCUAGGCGUAGGCUUUUAUAGUUCACUGUUCCUCUUGUUAAAAGUAAAUUAUCGGCUAGUUUCACAGACUGUAUACGACUGAAAUGGAUCCUUCAGGCGGAGAAAAAAAAAAGCGGCUCGCACUGAAAUGUUGCUCCACGAUACUUUAUCAUCGGUGUGGAAGAUGUCCUCCUGUGGCCCGACCCAGCAGGCGUAAACACGGAGCGGGUAGUUUACGUGCACGGCUCACAACCUCCCAUGUUAAAGACUAGCAUUGCAAAGGAGCUCUGGUCAUGAGGUACUGGGCACAUUCCUGCCCGGUUUUUCUGUCUUACGUUUCCUUUUUUAUUGAUUUUUGUUGUUGUUGUUGUUGCUUUUUCGAGGGCCAAUUUCCGAGGUCGCGUGGCACGGUUGGUUUGCUGCGGAGGCGACGUGACUCCACAGUCUGGGUUUUUAUUUAAAUGUGUUUUCUUACACUGAUCUCAAAUCCGUUGAUAGGAAAAUAGACUUUGAUGUUCCUUGUUACACUUUAAAGGGACAGACGUUUUUUCAAAAAAAAAAAAAAAGGAUACGAAAACCAAACGUGGUGUUAAGUGAAUUUUUAAUAAUGUACAGUUUUGGUGACUUUAAAUUUGUUCCUUUAUAUUUUUAGGACCAAAUCAUCAUUUUUAAGAGGAGGUAUCGCAAGACUCUGUUGUAUUAAGGUGAUGUAACACGUGUGCAUCUGUAGAAUGUACUGUGAGUUGAAUAAAAACCACAUCUAGUAGA